AUGGACAUGAAAACAAUCGUCCCGCGGGCAAGGCCUAGACUUGUAUCCAGCUGAUUUCGUUAAGUAUCAAGAUCCUUAAAUCUAUUUUAAAUAUUGAAUUAUAGAUUCCAAUUAAUAAGGUCUGACAAACUCAAGGCAGUGUCUCGCGCAAUGACAUAAAAAGCUUGGGUGAUUAGCAAUUGUGUGAAUAGUGAAACUUCUACAAGAACUGCCAAGACGUAACCGUUCGAUAAAUUGCCAUGAUCAGAUAUAAUCUACCUUUUCAACAGGAAAUUGCCGAGCCGUUAUCUUUAUCGGAUAGUUUGCACUGAUCACGGCGUUGGGUUUACUCUUCUGAAAUAGCCUAUAGACCGAAUUCGCUCGCUCGGAUCACAACUCGAUAAUUUCACACUGCAGAUCUUCGAUUUCACGAGCACGGGAGACACUGGUGAAUUUGGAAAUUUCGAUAAGGAGUUGUUUAGGACUGGAGGGGUACUGGAAAGUUUGGCGUCAGUUGCAGAAGGCGAGAGAGGAUGGUUUUGCACCUGUUCCUAAUUGGAUUGUGUAUCCUCGUGACAGGUUUACCACGCGGUGUAGCAGAGUCAGAUACAACCAAUUCAGAACUCACAACAGAUGAGCCAGAAGACCCGGAUGGACCAAGACCUGCGCCAGAUUAUAUCAUAUAUUUAGAUGAUCUCCCCUGUCUCCUAGCAACUAUAAAUGUAACACUACGAAUAAAUUAUAAAGCACAGUCGGGAAUUUUCAAUGAGGUUUACAAUAAAGAAGUGCUUUUGUCAAUGGACGAGGACGCCGUCGUGAACGGCAGUUGCGAAGGCAACGUCAGUUUCCUGUCGAUGAUGUGGUGGGACGGGCUGCUGGGGCUCAACUUCACCUUUGUAAAAGAGGAGACGCCGGUAUCAAAGAACAUAGUAGAAGGCCAAUGGUGGGCUAGAGAAAUCCACCUCUCCUACGAUACUUCCAACAGCUCCAUAUUCCCAGAGGCUAUACAAGUUUCAGGGGGCAUUGAAGACCUGGCAAAAGAUGACCUUGAACUUUUCAAGUCGCCGUUAGGGAUGUCGUUCUUCUGCGAUUCACAGGAACGGAUAACUAUAGGGAGCCGGGAAAAUGCCGCCAUUGUAGCUUUCCGCCAUGUUCAUAUACAGCCCUUUCUUGUCAAAUCAGAAAUGUUUUCUCCAGCAAGAGUGUGUGACGAGGAUGUGGAGAUUGUGUUGGACAAGAAAGGAGCCUACCUUGUCCCAGUUAUUGUUGCCUGUUGCCUAGGAGCCAUCUGCAUAAUGGUUGUCAUUGGAUACGCCAUUAGUCGCAAAGUGAACAGAUACCAUGACCAGUCUUCAUACAAACCAAUGGAUUAAUGCCACGUCACGUGUAAACCAAAGUUACAACCAAACCAAGACGUUCUGGAUUACGAAACAACCACUAUGACUAUAGGAAAAGAAGCUUCGCAUAUACUCAGAGUAUGUGAUACAAUUUGAUAAGAAUUCGCGGGUGAAAUGUUAGCUAUGAUUAUUCAUUGAGACAAUGUGAUGCUUCUUAUCAUAAUAUCAUGGCAUCAUGUUCUUCAAAAUGACACGUUUCAUUAUAAUCCUGUUAUUAUAAUUAUGUAAACUAAAGAUAAAAAAGAAUACAAACACUAUUUUAAAAACGGUGAACUUAACAUAAAGAAAGAGUUGUAUUUCGAAAGUAUACUUCAAAAAUAAGAAUCAUGAUAACCAUAGACUGAUAUACACAAUAUUUACCAUCAAAUGUUAACAUCACGGUUCACUAAGAUCCAUGGGUGAAAAUAAAUUCGCAAAACAACGCUCAUAAAGAAGAUUGAUUAAGUGUCAUCUGAACUGGCAUGUCCAACGCCGGAGAGAGAUCGGUAGGGGUCUAAUGACGUCACCAGAAGUGCUUAAAUAAGCAGUAAGAGGGGCCCUGGUGAUACUUGAACCAAAAACUUAUGUUUCCGUGAAAGAGUGUUCGACUCCCAUUCCAUAUGUGGAUGUCUAUGGUUGUGAUUAGUGUAUGCUGUGUAAUUAUUAACGUAGUACAUUACAUGACUGUAGAGUUGUAGUGUUAAGUAGAGUGAAACGGUUAGGUAGGUGUAUAGUCACGCUAGAACUUGGCUAUUGUGUCUCAUUCAAACUGGGACAAAGCGGUUGCAAUGGUCAAGUUAUUGUUAUACAGCGUUUC